CUUUGUAGUUUUGUGUUUCUUUGUGGUCAUUUUGAGUCUCUUGGUUGGUGUGUUUCUCUUUGAGUGACAUUUUGUGAAGGGCAGGGGGGCUCCUGACACUUUAGGCCCCCUUGGCCUCUAGCCCAGUAGACCCGUUCAGUAAUCCAUCCAUGGUGAACCGCUCUACCUUUCUAAAUAUUUAAAGCCUAACUAGCUUUCAGUAUCUGGUUGCAGUCUGGAGAGGAACACAACAAUGGUCCAGCUCGUGUCUUCGCUGGGACUGUUCUGCCAGGUCAAUGCGUUUGCCUGCCUGCUUCUCUGCUACCUGCUCUUCAUUCUGCUGGGAGGUCUGGUGUUCACGGUGGUGGAGAAGCCCGUGGAGGUGGAGCUGAGGGCCGAGGUGGAGGAGCUGCGUCGCUCCUUCCUGCGGGAAAACCCCUGCGUCCGAGAGAGCGGGCUGAGCGAGCUGCUGGGGAACGCUCUCUCCGCUCACCAGAGCGACGUAGCGGUUCUGAAGGCCGACGCCGAUGAGAGACGCUAUGAUUUCGUGUCGUCGCUCUACUUUGUCAUCGUCACUCUGACCACCAUGGGUUCUGACUCUUACACCCCCAAAUCAGACAAAGCCAAGCUCUUCUGUAUCUUCUACUGCGCCCUGGGGAUCCCCCUCACCCUGUUGCUCCUCACCCUCCUCUCCAACCUCCUCCUCCCCACGGUCACCCACGCUCCCGUCCACCACCUGCACACUUACUGGGGUUUGCCCUACACCCGGGCCACCUUCGUCCACGUCGGCCUCCUCUCCGUGCUCGUCCUCGUCUUCCUUUUCCUCCUCCCGGCCCUCCUGGUCUGUGCAAUGGAGCCCGACUGGAGCUUCCUGGAUGCUCUUUUCUUCUGCUUUGUCGUCCUGAGCACCGUUGGCCAGGGACGAAACUCUCUGGGGAGAAACUGGGAGCCGUCAGCCAAGGAGACACUCCAACUCCUCACCACAUGUUACCUGCUGGUGGGCCUGGUGGUGAUCAUCACCUUCAAGGAUACUGUCCUGCAGGUUCCCCGGGUCUGUGCGGUGAUAAGGCUCUUCUCUGGUCCGCAUUAUGCGGAGCUGGAAGGUGUCCACCUCAGUGAACUGACAGUUGGUGAAGAAAGCUGUGAGGAGCCUCAGUACUCCCAGUCCAUCUGCACCAUCUCCACUCCACUAGAGCUGACGGGCCCCGCUUUCGCACACAGAGCCAGAACCUCAACUCCCGAAACACCCUGACCUUCACAGCUGGACCCCAGACCGUCUACGGCCCACCAGCUUCUGACUUGCAACG